UGAAGUUUUGGUCACCAAACGUGACGUUCAGACGUUUCAGCCUCGCCGUGACUUUUUUUGUGAGCUUUUGAUUGAUGAAGAAAAAUAAUAUAUGUAUUAUUAUGCAUGUGAAUUUUUGAAAAACUUGUGUUGGUCAUUCCACAGCUUUUUGUACUGAGGCAGUAAAGAAGAAAUGGUACUUCUGUGGCAUUUCUGUAACAUUUAUUUUCCUGACCUCAUUCUUCAACUUGUCUUCUUGCUCUCCAGCAACUUUUUUUUUUUAUUAUUCCCAGCGUUUUUGUAGGACGUGUCGCUGGACGAAGCAUUUCGGUACUCGUAGUCAGCCAUUACAUCAAAAUUUGCACGCGCGUUUUAACGUCUUCGUGUAAUGCGUCUCUCUCCCUCUCUCUCCCUCUCUAGUACUUGGUGUUUUCUUGGGUUAGGAGGUUAAAUAAAUCUGACUUUCUUCUCAUAAUUUACUGCAGGGAAAAAAAAAAUUGUAAGCUUGUUUGGGGACUCGGCGUUCCAACAAUCAUGCUCGAUGGGGAGAGGUUCGUUGAGGCGUUGUCACGGUUGGGUUAUCCAAAUGCAUCUGCGCUGAAAGGUUCAGAAUUUGAUUGGUUGUUUGACGCUGCGCCAGACAACCUGCAUCUUUUGCGCGUCUUCUGCCACCGUCUGAACCGCAACAAUGCCCUCACUCCAGAAGAAGUGCAGGCGUUUCGGGUGCUGCGCGAGUCUGGGAAGCCCGUCAUGGACGACGCGACACUUGGGGAUCUGUUAAAAACAUGUGGACCGAUUGAUGUGGGUGGGUCGCUGUCCUCACUUUGUGGGGAGGAGGAUGUUUCGGUGGAAGAGUUAGAGGCUGAGCUUCAGGCCCUGCGGAAAGAGAAGCAGCUGAAGUUGCGAAGACUUAAAAAGCUGCAGGUGUUGGCCGCCAGCCGAGGCGCUGACUCGUCUGCGGCUCUUGGAUUGCUCCAGGAAGGUAGCGGCGCGAUGAAAGAGGCCAGCUCUGCUCUCGCGGUUGAAAACGCAGCCACAAAUGCUGCCUUGGAAGGUCUCGUGAAGGAGACCCAGAAGCUUGCUGGUUUCUUCCAUACUGAGGACUUGUCAGUGGGACAAAAUAAUGAAACCACCGCACCCUCUGCUUCUCAAUCAGUGCUGCUGUCCCAGCUUCCUCUGGACACUUUCCUCCACCAGGAGGAGCAAAACACUAAAGCCUUGGCCACCUACACCCAGCGUCAGUUCUUCCAGGGCAUCUCAGACAUGGUAGAGACCUCGACCUCCAAACGCUUCCAGCUGACAGAGCUGAGCUGCUGCAGUGAGAGUGAGGAAGAGGAGGAUGAGAAGCUUGUGGAGAGCAGGAGGAAGGAGAUGGCCCAGCUGCAGUGGGCUCACAUUGUAGCACAGCACCAGCUGCUGAAGGAGCAAGCAGAGGAGCGUGGAGACCAAGCACUGAAGAACUGGCUCACUGAGCAGCUCGGCAGCCAAACACAGCCAAUGGGCUCUCUGCAGGCCUCCUGGCGCGAGCCUGCUCUGCGCUCAGAACUUCUCUCUGUUCAGUCUGACCUCGAGGCUCUGAUGCGAGAGCCUGUCCGUUCCGCUCUGCGUGACAGCGCUCGCCUGCUGAACGUGCCUGUGGUGCGUGGUGACUUGGCACUUCAGAUUGCCAGGCAGAACUAUUACACAGCCAGGCAGACCGAGGUCAGGGACCAGCUCCUCCGACAGAAGGCGUCGUUUGAGGUACUGCGGUUGGUGCAGGACACUGAGCUCAGGAUGGGGAGAAGGACGGCGACUCAGCUGGGUGAGGUCAUCAGCAGGUUGGAAGGGGCGUCUCAGAGUGCAGCUCAGAGAGGGAAUAUACUGGCCCAGCCUGAACUGACCCAAAGGCCCUGUCUAACGCCCUGGCGUAACACAAAACUGCAGGUCAUCAGCUCUAAAGAUGUAGCCUUUAGCAGGCUGCUGCAGAUGCUGGAGCUGGGCAAGCUCUCUGAGUGUAAGGAUCCCAUCCUGACCUACGGGAGGUUGGAAGCUGAAGCAUCUAGCUUGCAGAAAGAGCUUGUUUCUGUUCAGGAUUCUCUGGAAAGGGCGGCUCAAGAGCAGGGUUACAGCAGAGCACGUUUAGAGCACGACCGCGACGCUCUGGAGCGCUCGGCCUAUUCGGAUAUCGUGCAGCCGCUCCUGAGGCCGCAGGUAUGUGCUACAGCCACACCCGCUCAGGAGCUCUGCCCUAACGCACAGGAGGUGUCUGUUGUCCUGAGUGAGCUGGAAGAGAAGCAGAAGAAUCUGUACAAGCUUUUGCAGGACAUUGUAGGAGACUUGCGGACCAAAAGGGCUCGACUAGAGCAGAGCGCCACCCUCAGACGAGAGAGAGAACUGUACGUCUACUUUCACCUAGACCCCACCCUGCUCAGCAAGGUGGUGCGUGAGAUGGAGGCCAGGGCUGGUGUUAAGUAGGUGG